AUGCAGCAGUUCACAAUUUGUGCAGCGCUGCAUCUAUUAUUGUUUACAGUAGCCACUUUUGGUCGGGUUGCUCCAGGAGAACAUCGGAGCCCACUUCCACAUCCCAAUGAAAAUUCAACAGAAACGGAUGAUACAAAGAGUGAACUCGAAAAGUCGAGCAAUCCCAUUAUACUGAAGAUGUUGCAUUUUCAGGCAGAAGAUCUGUGUGUACGAACGCACAAUAAUACAGCGUUUAUGGGAAUUGAGCCAUUCUCGAGAAUUCGUCUUGACUCAGCGAGUGACUGUCGGAAAAGCUGUCUUGAGACAUACCCAAAAUGCGUUGGAGUGAUGUUCUAUUACGUGCAUAGUGGGGACGAGAACCAGAAGCACAUUUGCUAUCUGUUUGAUAAGAACAGCGUUAACGAAGAAGUAGCGCUGGUUCCCGAAAAGCCGUCAUCACCACUGGAUAUGGUAAGAGCACUCGAAGUAGUGCUGAAUUGCCAUGAAUUCGACCCGGUUCCACCUCUUGAAGAGCAUUUUGUAAUGUCAUCAGAUAACGUACCCUUGAAAAAGAGAGAUGUUGGCUUCGAUCGUCCGGUUAUAGGAACUGGACCUUGGACAAGAUGGUCAGUGUGCUCACCCACAAACCGCAUACAAUUACGUACCCAACCAUGUGAAUAUGGUCGACUUGUUCAACGCAGAAGAUGUUAUACGACUGCGGGUGGAUUGGGAGGAUCAGUAGUUUCGGCAGGAUCGGGAGUGGCUGGGGUAUCAGGAGUAUCAGGAGUUUCGGGCAUGUCGGGAGUGUCUGGAGUAUCAGGAGUUUCGGGAAUGUCGGGAGUGUCUGGAGUAUCAGGAGUUUCGGGAAUGUCAGGAGUGUCUGGAGUAUCAGGGGUUUCGGGAAUGUCGGGAGUGUCUGGAGUAUCAGGAGUUUCGGGAAUAUCGGGAGUGUCUGGAGUAUCAGGGGUUUCUGGAAUGUCUGGAGUAUCUGGAGUAUCAGGAGUUUCGGGAAUAUCGGGAGUGUCUGGGGUACCAGGAGCAUCUGUGAUUUCGGCCGUUCAACCAACAGCAACAGUCUCGAUUGCUGUUCCAUAUCCACCACUUCCUUACUCUCAUCCCACAUUCCAAACCAGCGAAUAUGCUCGCAUUAUGGCUCAACAUCAAGAACAAAUGCAAAAAUUAUGUUGCUAUCGUCAGCAUUACGUGCACCAACAGCUUCAAAACCAAUACCAGUCAGCGGCAGCUGCAGGACAGCAGGUACAUUACGCAGUUCCGGCAGUAGGUGUUUGUGCAAAACCUUGUGCUGGUCAAUACAGAAUUGUUCCACCAUCAUCUACAGGAUAUCAAGUUACACCAACAGUAUCACCAGGCCAAUACAUCGCUGGAGGCUAUCAACCAGGUCAAGCAGCAGCUGUAUCACCAGGCCAAUACAUCGCUGGAGGCUAUCAACCAGGUCAAACAUCAGCUGUAUCAUCAGCCCAAUAUAUCGCUGGAGAAUAUCAGCCAGUUGAAAUACCAACUGUAUCACCAGCCCAAUAUAUCGCUGGAGGCUAUCAGGGAGUUCAAACAACAGCUAUAUCGUCAGGACAAUAUACUGCCGAAGACUGUCAACCAGGCCAAACAACAGCUAUAUCACCGGGCCAAUAUAUUGCCGGAGGCUACCAGCCAGGCCAAACAACAGUUAUAUCACCAACCCAGUAUGUCUCUGAAGGUUAUCAACAACCACAACCAGAUCAGGUUAUCACACAAGACCGUCAACCAGCUACAGUCGUUGUGGAAGAGGUCGUCAAUCAAACCGUUUCUCAUAUACCUCCCACUCUACGUCCAUCUGUACGUCGUCCACUUAGACCA